GAGAGAGAGAGAGAGAGACUGCGCGUGACGUCACGUCACUAGGCAAGAUGGCGGCCUCCGUGCUGACUCUUUCGGGCCGCGGCUGGGUGGGUUGCGGGCCGCGGAGAUUUUUGUACGGUCUUUCGCGGGGCCUGUGCAGCGGCGGAACCACGCACUUCGGGUUCCAGGAGGUGUCGGAGGAGGAGAAAGGAGAGAAAGUUUACCAGGUGUUUGAAAAUGUGGCAAAGAAGUAUGAUCUCAUGAAUGAUUCGAUGAGUCUGGGAAUCCAUCGUGUUUGGAAGGACGCCCUGCUACGUCACAUGAACCCUUAUCCAGGAGCCCAAUUAAUUGAUGUUGCUGGCGGGACAGGUGACAUCGCCUUUCGAUUUAUCAAUUAUGUUCGUUCCCAGCGGGAGUAUCAGAUCCAGCAGAAGCUGAGAAGCCAUCAGAAUUUAUCCUGGCAGGAGAUUACUCAGCUUUACCAGGAAGAGGAGAAUGGAUCGCUAGGGGGAUCCCACGUAGUGAUUUGCGACAUUAACAAAGAGAUGGUGAAGGUUGGGAAGCAGAAAUCGCAGCAGCUUGGCUACUCGGAAGGAUUGUCUUGGGUGGUGGGGGAUGCUCAAGAUCUGCCCUUCGAUGACAACAAGUUUGAUUUUUACACAAUUGCUUUUGGUAUCCGUAAUGUCACUCAUAUGGAUCAGGCACUUCAGGAGGCUUAUCGAGUCCUGAAACCAGGAGGGCGUUUUCUCUGCCUUGAAUUCAGCCACGUCAACAAUUCUCUUCUUUCCAGUCUGUAUGAUCUCUAUAGCUUCCAAGUUAUCCCUGUGCUGGGAGAAAUUAUAGCUGGUGAUUGGAAAUCCUACCAGUACCUUGUAGAAAGCAUAAGGCGCUUUCCAACUCAGGAGGAGUUCAAGGAAAUUAUUGAAGAAGCAGGCUUUCUGAAGGUGGACUAUCAAAACCUGACAUCGGGCAUGGUGGCCAUUCAUUCUGGCUUCAAGCUGUGAUUAUCUUUGUACUGAGGGAAAAGCACUCAACAUUAAGUUUAAGUCAGGACAAAAGAACAACUGUUUUCAGCUGUGCUUAUUUAAAACUGUUCAUUUUACUGGACAAGAUUUAGUUCAUUUGAAACCUGGACAGUGAACCCUUCAGAAAUAUUUUAAUCAUGUCACCCAACUGAGGUGUGGCUGAAGAAAUAGAAGAAAUGAAUGGAAGCCAUGUUUACUGUUCUAAAGGUCCAGGCUUUUAUCAAGAAAUGUAGGAUUACUUUAUAUAUUAAAAGUAUUUAAAUUUUCAAUUGUUUCUUUGUUUUCCUGAAGUGGAGGGUGUUUUACAUUAUGAGGCAUAUUCAAGUAAAAAAUUAAAUCUAAUUCACAUUCUGGUGGUUGCAGCUGUCAGCCAAUUUCUGGGAAACUCAUCAUCUCUCAUCAUCUAACACAAUUUACAGCAUGUUCUAAGCUAGUGAUUUAUCCAAGUGUUAAGUGUCGUGAGUGAAUGUAGCUGCUUUCGCUCAAGCUGAAAGACUAGCUUAGCUCAAUGGGGUAUGCACUGUUAAACUCUAAAGCAGGGCAAACCAGCGGCCUGAGGACAGAUAUAUCCUGCACAGGCCACACCCACCCCAGCUCUGUGAAUGGGAACAUUGCAAAACAUGACUGCGGCGAGUUUGACACCCAUGUUCUAAAGAUUUAUUACCUAAUUGCAUGGUAUCAAACCAAGAUUAACUUUAAAACGCAGAGUCUCUCCUUCAACUUGCGGCAGUAGAUUCCAUGAGCACAUCAAGCUUCCUUUGUAACCAUGCAGAUUUGCCACUGCUGCUUUCUCAGAUAUUUCUUCUAGUCUACAACCCCUGGAAUUCUAUCAUCCAGGCACAGACCAAGUCUGAUCUUGCUUAGCUUCUGUUUAGCAAGCUGAGAGCUGCCACUUUCUGAGGUCACACAUACACAAUUGGUGAUAAGAGUUUACAAAAGCAAAUUACUGAGUUUGUAUGAAGCCCAGAACAUACCACAAUAGUUUAAUAUGUUAUACAAAUUAGGCCCGCAUCUCUACAGAGCAUUAAAUACAUCACAGUAUACAUAAAUGCAACACAAGCUUGCUCAGGUAGAAUGCUAUGCUUGGUACUCAAAAUGCCCAAAAGUUAUGCAUUCCUUAGCUCCAGCUAUUUUUAUUGAUAGCCAUGAAUAGAAGUCAGCCCUAGAAAAAGUUAACUGAAAUUCUCUGGCUGGCUGUCCUCUAUGAAGAUUGAGCCCCUUGCUGUACUGUAUUGGAACUGGCUGGCCAACAUUUGAAUAUUUUAAAGUAGAUAUACAUUGUAUUCUUAGAAUUGCACUAUUGUGUUGGGUACUAACAUGCACCAAAUUCUUCUAUUACAAACUCGGCCACAUUAGUUUAAGAGUGUUAAAACAGUUUACAGGAGGAGUAACCUGCUUCCAAGCACAAUAUACCUACGGAGAAAGGAAUAAACCAGCAAAUAUUUAGGAUAAGAAACCUGAAACUUUUAAAAAUAAUUUGGGUAAUAAAUGUCUCAAGUUGCCAUUCGUAACAAAUGUUUUUACAUUUAAAAGGCACAAAAUAUUUCCAUGCUUAAUUUCACUACCAGUAUCAGUGUUAUCCCCUCUGUGAUAGUUAAUUUGAACUAUAUCUUAACAAACACACAUUCUUAUUUCCAUGGGGUGUUUCCCUCAUACACAUUGCUUUUAGACCAUAAACUU